AAGGAUGCGUCUGCAGAAGUGGAGCAGCAGCUGAGCAGGAAGAGGAGUAGGUCUUAGCUGGCUGAGCCUGAGCACCAAGGUUCUGCACUAAGAUAGACCGCCACAGCUGUCCUUCAGAGGAUUGCCCCGGAGUAGAGAGCAGUGCCCCGGUGUCUGGUAACAGAGCUCUGAGCUAAAAGCUAGUAAGAAGUAACCCAAGCCAGAGAAACCAUUCCAGAAAGCCAACCGCAGAGGAAAAAGCGCAGAGCACGGGGGAUUGAAUUCACGGAAGGGGGCUUUCAGGAAGCGGCCUUCACUUGAUCUGCGUGCUGACAAAGAACCAGGAAGAGUUCUUUAAAAAGUGGGAGUCAAAAUGCUGCCCGCUAGGACACAGGAAGGAAGGUCUUCCCCUGUCCCCAAGGACAGCCACCUGAAGCUCGAGCCUGUGCCCAAACCUUCAAACUGCAGGAAGAAAAGGGAGCAAAGGAAUCGGCUGCAGCAAGAAGCCGACAUCCAGACCCUCACCAGGGCUGGCCUCAGGGCCCUGAAGGCCGGGCAGACUCAGGAGGCCUUGGGCCACUUCCAGAAGGCCUUCUUGCUGGCCUCCAAGGUUCCAUCCACCAGAGAUAGCCCUGUUCUUCGAGCCUGUGCUUUCAACCUGGGGGCUGCCUACGUGGAGACUGGGGCCCCGGCCACAGGACUUGAGCUGCUUCUGAGAGCCCGUCCUGAAGGGACGUCCAAAGGCUGGUGUCGGGGUGACCAGUGUUUCAAUGUAGCUUUGGCCUAUCAUGCCCUUGGUGAACUGACCCAAGCUUUGGACUGGUACCGCAGGGCUCUGGGCCAUUACCAGCCACAGGGUGACCAUGGGGAAGCGCAGGCAAAAAUGGGAGCCUGCUACCAGGCCCUGGGAAGGCCUAAGCAAGCAGCCGAUAGUUUACAGGAAGCAAGCCGGGCCUAUGCCCAGGCAGGCCAGCUCUGGGAUGCAGCCCUGGCCCAGGUGGCUGCAGUGAGAUGCAUGCUGAGCAGCGGGCAGCAUGGACUGAGUGAUGUGCUGCAGGCCCUGGACGAGGGCCGUAAGCUUGCCGAUGCUGACCGGAGCACUGACCGCAGACUGCUGGGGCCGCUCUACAAUGAUCUGGGCAUGGGUUACUUCCAACUUCAACUCUUCCCUUUGGCAGUAGAGGCCUUCCUGCAGGCCCUGCCCGUGUGUCGACAGCCGGCAGAGCAAGCCACAGUGCUUCAAAACCUUGGAAUGACCUACAACGCCCUGGGCAACCAUCAGGAAGCCCAGGAGUUCCACCAGAAGGCUGCCAACCUGCAUGGCUCUGUGGGCCAGCGGCUGGAGCAAGGGCGGAGCUUUGGCGGUCUGGCAUUUUCACUGAGCCAGCUGGGGGACCACAGGGCUGCUUGGGACAGCUAUUUGCAUGCCCUGCAGGCUGCCCAAGACACUGGGGACACAAAGGGACAGUGGCAGGCCUGUGAGGGCCUUGGGGCGGCGGCAGCCAGACUGGGACAACAUGACCAGGCCUUGAAAUACUAUAAGCAAGCGCUGGUUCAGUGUCAGCAUGAAUCAGAUUCUGUACGAGAGCGACUUGUGGCCAAGCUGGCGGAUGCCAUGCGGACCUUCUUGGCUCAGGAGAGGCUAACCCAGGCUCCUAUCCUGCCCUCUGCUCCUGGAAGGCUCCAGGCCAAGUGGGAGGCCUCCCUGGUGGCAAGGACCUCUGCCAGGGUACAAAGCAGUGCAGGCGAUGCCCCGGACAGUAGUUGGGAAGAUGACGAACCAGAAGAGGGCCACGAGGAGAAAGAGACGGAGGGGCUGGUGAACAUGACCGCUUCGGUAGGACCUCAGAGACAGGACCGCUUAGGAGCCACAGUUCACCUUCCAUCUGGAGGCCUCAGUCCCAGUGGAGAGGAGCACCCGGCCAUCACAGCACCCCCCCCACCAGCUCCAAGUCAAUAGGCCAUCCGCGUGGACCAAGGAAGCCCUUGGGAGGAAUCCCCAAAGGAUGUGCACCUACUCUGGCUUCUGCACGAUCAUGUGACCUGUACCUGCCGGCCACAGCCCUUACCUCUGCAGGAACUUCCCAAUAGAUGCAUUUAGGGGCUUUGGGGAGGAGCCUCUUCAGCUGGGUGUGGACAUAGCACUCCUGGGCAGGCCAAGGGCUGUGCUGGCUCAGCGUUGAGAUUCUCUUCGCUCCUCUUUGGGAGGACAGUAGACCAAAGACUGGAAAGUGAAUGGCGAACACUGACCUUUGCUUCUCUGGAUUGGGAUGUCAUUACUGCUAAGGCCUUUGCUAGUUCUAAAAAUGACUCCCCAGCUCAGGUGACUUUGGGACCACUGACCUUCUCCAUGCCCCCUUUUCCAUGUGGGAGACAGGAAUGUCAUACCUACAACAGAAGAUAUGAAAGAACAGACAUUACCGCCCCUUACAGGACACUACAGGUCACAGCAGCAAUAAUGAUGUGACAUUAAGCCUACUCCAAACCUUAAGCACUUUGCAGGUAUUUCCUUACAAGAGCAUGUGAGGAAAAGAGAGAGCUGGGCAUGUUGACACAGGCCUACGGUCCUGACACUCAGAAGAAGGCAGGAAGAUCCCUUUAAGGCCAGCCUGGGCUACAUAGUGAGAUUUAUCUUAAAAAACAACUAGGGUGUAG